AUGAGAUUGAUGAGCAAAUCGCAAGAGCCGAAUUGCGGCGUCGACAAUGGCGAUGAUGAGAAUUCGUCGAAUUUCGCCGAUUCGCUGAUGUCGUUGAUACCGAUUCCGUCGACAUCGGAUGAAACAUUCGUUCAAACUAAAAAAGGCAAAUUCGGGCGUCCGAAAAAGCAGCCGGCGUUUUCGAGUUAUCGAAGUUACGAGGAGCGCGACAUCGAGUUUUUCAUUCACAAAGUGUCGGACAACGAGCAAAUCUGGAAUCGAGCCCACAAAAAACACUUUGAGCCCGCGUUUAUUCAUGCCACUUUCGACAAAAUCGAAUGCUCGUGUCAGUUUUUGACGAGAAGAAACGGCGAAAACGCCGCGCGACUUUGGAGCGAGCUUGCCAGCGAGUAUAAGCGCGAAAAAUCGAUGUUGGACACGAACGGCGCCGAAUUCGCGUUCCCAUUUAUGGACUCGAUGUGGUUUUUGGAGCCAGACGCUGGCAAAAUGAAUGGCACCUCGCGGACCAUUGGAGAAGCAUCGAAAACGCGGAAACGUACGUUGUCGCAAGAGAAUCCGAUGGAGAAGCUGGAUGAAUCGAUUCAGCGUCUGAUUCGGUCGCUAGAUCGAAUCGCAGAAGCGGAAACGAUUCAGAAAUCGACAAGAAACGUCCACUCGGACCUCAUUGAGCACAUUUUAGCGUUUUUCGAGCAAAUUCCCAAGCAGAAGCAUUUGGAAUUUAAAUGUAAAAUUGUUAUGUUUUUGGAGCAAUUUAAACAAUAA